UUUUACUCUACACAACUUUUUUUCUCUCUCUCUCUCUCUCUCUAAGCUCACAAAUAGCUCUUCAUUUUAUCAAAAUCAUUUUUCUGGGUCAUAAAUUUUGAAUUCAAACAUUCAAAAUUUUGCACUUUUAAAUAAUUUUGAAUGGUUUUGGCUACUGGGAAUUACAAAAGGUUCCAUUUUUGGAAGUUCUAACUGCUUCUUUUUUUUUUUCUUUUUUUUUUUUGAGCUCUUCCCCUGUUUUUCACUGUUAGAAUUUGGUAGGUUUUAGAUUCUGGGUAUUGUUGAAAUUUAGCCGGAUCACGGGUGUUGUCACAACUAGUGGACAUGCAUUUGAAACAAAAGGUCAAACAUUGGUCGUGUACAACAAUAUAAAAACUGGUUGAGAAUAGAGUCGGAUAUGGGGUGGUGGUGGUGUGUUUUCACGGCAUUGAUGGGUGGAGUGUUUGGGGUGGUGCUAAAGAAGGCAAAUGAGUGGAUUUAUGUGAGGAGUUUGGGAGAAAAGCAGUACUCUCUGCCUCCAGGGGACAUGGGUUGGCCUUUCAUUGGCAACAUGUUCUCUUUUCUCAUGGCUUUCAAGUUUGGUGGUGAUCCUGAUUCCUUCAUUUCUGCCUUUGCCACCAGAUACCAUAAAGCUCGAAUUUACAAGGCCUUCAUGUUCGGAAACCCAACCAUAAUCUUGACAACACCGGAAACAUGCCGGCGAAUUUUGAUGGACGAUGAAAAUUUCGGACCGGGUUGGCCUAAAUCAGUCACAAAAGUAAUAGGAAAGAAAGGACUGCAUGGCAUUUCCAAUGAAGAACACAAACGUCUCAGGAGGCUAACAGCUGCUCCUAUCAAAGGCCACGAGGCAUUAUCAGUGUACAUUGAUUGCAUAGAGGACAUUGCCGUAGCUGCAUUUGAUGAAUGGGGUCGCCGGGAUCGGCCGGUCGAGUUCUUGACUGAGAUGAGGAAGAUAGCAUUCAAGGUUAUCAUGAACAUCAUUAUGGGCAGUGAAUUUGAUCCUAAAUCAAUGGAGGCCAUGGAAGAGGAGUAUACUUUGCUAAGCCAUGGACUAAAGGCCAUGACCAUCAAUCUACCUGGAUUUGCUCAUCACAAAGCACUCAAGGCUCGGAAAAAUUUGAUAAAGAAAGUAAAAGCUAUUGUGGAUAAAAGGAGGGUGAUGAUGAGAAGUAGUGAAGCAAAGGUAAAGAAAGAUAUGAUGAAUUUACUUAUGGAAAGUGAAGACGAGGAUGGUCGAAAACUAAGUGAUGAGGAGAUCAUAGACUUGGUAAUUAUGUAUUUGCUUGCUGGUCAUGAAUCUUCUGCACAUACUGCAACUUGGGCAAUCGUCUUCCUACAUCAACACCCACAAUUUUUGCAGAAAGCCAAGGAAGAGCAAGAUGAUAUUGUAAAGAGGAGACCAUCCACAGAGAGCAGACUGAGCCUGAAAGAGAUUAGACAAAUGGAAUACUUAUCCAAGGUAAUUGAUGAAACACUGCGCUUGGCGAAUAUCUCAUUUACACUCUUUCGAGAAGCAAAAGCAGAUGUCAACAUUAAUGGUUACACCAUACCUAAGGGAUGGAAGGUUUUGGCUUGGAUCAGGAAUAUUCACGUAGAUCCUGAAAAUUACCUCAACCCAAAAGAGUUUGAUCCUUCUAGAUGGGAAGAUCAUAAAAUCAGACCGGGCGCCUACAUUCCCUUUGGAGCAGGAAGCAGGUUGUGCCCUGGGCUAGAUUUGGCCAAGCUUGAAGUUUCUGUGAUCCUUCACUACUUUCUCCCCAACUACAAGCUUGAGCGACUUAAUCCCGGAUGUGGAGUGAAAUACUUACCGAUAACAAGGCCUGCUGAUAAUUGCCUUGCAAGAAUCAAGAAGCUCUCAACAUCAUCCAGAUAAACUUGGUUGAAUACCAUUCCCCUCUUUCCUAUAACUCUUGUAUACAUAGAGGGGAGAAACCAGUACCAUGUAAAUCAAUUACAAUAUAUUUUCUUUUUUAUAUUAGCAUUUGGUUGUCCAUUGAAAA